AAUCACAAAAACCUUGAUUCGCUGUGUUUGCUAGCUUACUCACUGUAAGCUAAUUAACUAAAUAUCAUGUAUCUUUUUUUCAUCUUAAUAAUAACCAUCUUCUUCAAUAUUAAUAUUUGUAUUGCUGUAAGCUCAUCCUCAUCAUCAUCCGCUAAAGUAGAUUAUCUUCCUGGUUUCCAUGGACCCCUCCCUUUUCAUCUAGAAACUGGUUAUGUUGGAGUGGAUGUGAAUGAAGAUGUACAGCUCUUUUACUACUUCAUUCAAUCUGAGUCAAAUCCAGAGGAGGAUCCUCUCAUGCUUUGGAUGUCCGGAGGUCCCGGUUGCUCCUCUGUCAUGGGCUUUCUCUACGAGAUUGGUCCUAUACAGUUUGAGGCUGUGAAGUACAAUGGAAGUUUGCCUAACUUGUUUUUGACACCUUAUUCGUGGACAAAGAUGGCAAGCAUAAUUUUCCUAGAUAUUCCUGCUGGUACUGGUUUUUCUUAUGCUAGAACGACAAUAGCCUCUAGUUCUACAGAUAUCCAAUAUAGUCAUCAAGCAUAUGAAUUUAUGAGAAAGUGGUUAGAAACUCACCCCGAGUUCGUUUCCAACCCAUUCUAUGUUGGAGGGGACUCGUAUUCUGGAAUUCCAGUACCUAUAAUCACACAACUAAUAUCAAAUGGAAAUGAAGUCAACACUAAACCAUAUAUCAAUCUAAAGGGAUAUGUGCUUGGAAAUCCUCUGACAUUUCCAGAGGGAGAUAAUUACCAAAUUCGUUUCGCAAAUGGUAUGGGGCUUAUUUCAGAUGAACUCUACAAGUCAUUGUCACACAGUUGUCAAGGAGAGUAUCGGUUAGAUUAUAUCAGCCCUAACAACGAUGGAUGUCUCCGAAAUAUUGAGUUGUACCAAGAGUGCAUAGAUGGGAUUGAACCUUCCCAUGUUUUGGAACCUUAUUGUCGUUCGUCAAUACAACUAGCCAGUCAAAAGCAAUUGAACGAGGAACGUCCCUUUUCUUCACUUCAUUGUCGAGGUGAUGGAUAUAAGCUAGUUAAUUACUGGGCUAAUGAUGUAAAUGUUAGAAAAGCAUUGCACAUCCGUAAGGGAACUGUCAAAGAAUGGCAAAGAUGCGGCGAGGAUCUAAAUGUCACCUUAACGGUAUAUGAUGUCAGACCAUACCAUUUAAACCUCAGCAGCAAGGGCUACCGCUCUCUAAUUUAUAGUGGUGACCAUGAUAUGAGUAUUCCUCACCAGUCAACUGAAGCAUGGGUAAAAGAUCUAAACUAUCAUGUCAUCGAUCAAUGGCGAUCGUGGAAGGUUCAUUGUCAAAUUGCUGGGUACACUGAGAGUUAUUCCAAUAUGAUGACAUUCGCUACUGUGAAGGGUGCUGGGCACACUGCCCCCGAAUACAAGCCGAAAGAAUGUUUUGCCAUGUUCAAGAGGUGGAUCUCUCAUGAACCAUUGUAACCAUCAUUACAUUUUAUCCCAUAAACAAUCAAAUGUGUUAUAAUUUCCUUUGCAAGUGAAAUAAAUUCCACUUAUUCAGGUGGCUCUAAUAUGCUUUGUAAAUGAAAAAUACCAAAGAUAUAUCCGGAUAAUGGAACAAUAAUUACGAACAAAUGGUUAUGUAGUGUAAUCUACUAUUCGGAUGUUUAUUGUAUGUAAUGAUUUUUCAAA